UAAUUACAAGAAAGAAAUACCCCCUAUCUCAAGCUUACAAUACACUUAGAUUUUUGCACGUUAAACUCUUCUUCUGUAUAAACAGAAACGCCCGUUACGGUCAGAGAUGCAGCAACUCUCGUAAGUUCCUAUUGUUUUAUUAUUGUAGCAACUGUUAUUGUUUUGGGGCUAGGGACUUUUUGUUUCUGUUGUUUGGUCUAUAGUUCCCUUAAAGGGUAUUGAGCCAUUCAUGUGGACCUUACGAGAGCUGCUACAGAGCAAGCGUUUAAGCAUUUGACAUUUUUUUGUAGCAAAGUAUCACCAUCAAUUUAAGUUCGUAAUCAGUGAUAAUUCUUCAUGUCACCAGGUUGGACUAUGGUGUUCAAGGUGGUAUCUGGUAUCCCCGCUGACAUUUAUCAACUGUGGACGUCAGCAGAUUCUUUGAACGAGAACAAAACAGAAGCACUGAACGUCAACUCCUCAGUCAAAGGACAUUACAAGAACCGCUUUGUGCAAAACUGGCAAACCGCGAAACCUAAUGAGGCGCGAGUGGCACUGUACAGCAAUAAUGCGUCCAAACCUGAAGUUCUUUCCCUGGUGUUCAACACCACUAAUUCCAACAACGUGAACUGGUUUUCUAGAGAUCGUCUAACUCACUCACCCUGGACCAAUCUGUUCACCGAACCGCUGCUCACCUUCGAUCUACAAGGAUGUUGCGGAAGAGCCUUCUACAUAACCAAGAGUCAUGGUGGCUGCCCACUGGAUUAUGGAUGGCUCCUGGUGUCUUUCGGCGGUUGUGCUUACGAGUUGCGCUUUCCUAAAACAACGGUUAUGUAUAGUAACCACACAAGCUACACCAACUGGAAUAAUUAUGGAACUGUUGGCAUUGCAGAUACGUUGCUAGUGUAUAUUCGUUGAGACAUUACUGGAUAGUAAGCCUUAGGAUAACACAGCCGAGAGCUGAAUGAUGUAGUUUAUAACUAAUCCUUAUCGAUAGAAUAAUGCUCAGAAUUAAGAUAGAAAUAUAAAAAAAAUUCCCUUCUGAAAUACAACAGUGUAAUUAACGAUUAUUCCACGAACGCGCGUUGGGUAUAAGAUGGUAGAGAGCCAACGAGGCGCGUAGUGAGAGCUGGAAUAAUUGUUUUGUUAAAAACGCCCCAAAAUAUCAAAACUAAACUACAAUAAAAAAUAAUAACGCCCCAAGGACUAAUUUAAUAAUUUGCCAAAACUUCUUGAAGAUGUCUUAGGGUGCGUUCCUUUGGGGUGAACUGGAUCAGGAUCAGAGAUCGAAGAUCACUCGGAUCAUGGUGCAUCAA